AUGCUCGCAACGCCCGCCUCGCCAGUCAGGGAGGGACUCGGGGCCGAGGAAAGGGCAAACCUCCAAGCAAAGUCGCCCCCCAGGGAGCAGAUACCAAUAAAGUUCAACCCACCCUCUGGCCAACAGAUUAACAUUAGUGGCCGCGAAAUUAUCCGGCAGGGGUUUCAACUGAGAGGAAUAUCGGAUGAGGCGGUAGAGACCAUAAUCGAUUCAAUAUCGACAGCUACGAUCAGCCAGUAUGCGUGUACUUACCGUCUAUGGUAUAAGUACUGUGAAGAGAAGCAGAUACCAGUAUUUCAGGCAAACGUCCUGCAGGAAUGAAACGGGGAGGCAGUUACAGCGGGCGGCGGCGAGCGGGAAGAACAUAUCCGCGCUCGCGCUACUAUUCAUCUUAAAAAUGUGUGGCGCGCAGUACGCAUGAGCGUACUACCUUAGUUAAAUACAUCUUCGGAAUGGACGAUCGAUAUAAUUACGAUCGAACUUCAG